GUGUGUUCCGGCCAAUGAGCGGCGAGCACAUUGUGACGUCACGCUCUCCUCCUGACUCUGCGCUCGCCGUGUGCGGGUGUCCCGGGGUUAUGGAGCCGCCGGCGGGCAGCAGCACCCAGGGGUUACCCCGCGCCUUCCUCCACAGCCUCCGCACCUUGUUCGACAUCCUGGACGACGAGCGCCGGGGCUACGUGCACAUCCAGGAGAUCGAGAGCCGCUGGAGGGGGGCGGACACCCGGGAGCUGCCCCCCGGAGUGCUGCUGUGCCUGCGGAAGGUGGCGCCCCCUGACGGAUACCUCACCUUCGAGCGCUUCGUCCUGGGCCUCCGGUCUUCAAUGCUCAACUCUCACAACCGGGAGAACUACCAGGUGGGGGCGCCCAGAGCUCCGGUAAAGGUUCCUGGAAAAGCCGGGGGGUUCCCCCUCUACAAGCCGCAGCCUCUGGGGGUGAGGGGCGUCAAUGGCACCGACCCGACUACAGGAGAAGGCGCCACCUGCAGGAGAGGAGCGGACAGACCCCGGAUGGCAGGAGAAGAAGCGAAGCCCAUGUGCAGGUCACACAGCGAAUCGACAGGUCAGGGAAUGGCGGACCAGUGUCGGCACCAGCGCAGCCGCGGCGAGCACCGGCGACAUACCAUCACUAACGGAGUGGAUUAUGCCAUGCUGAAAAGGAUGAAGGAGAUGGAACAUGAGAAGGAUCUUCUGCUGCAGGGGCUGGAGCUGGUGGAGCGGGCGCGGGACUGGUACCUACAUCAUAUCCAUAAUGUGCAGGACCUGCAGAAGAACCUGGGAAAAACAGAUCCCUUCAGUGAGGGUCCGCAGAUGCCCCCCAGCCAGCUACUCCCCAAACUACAGGAUGUGAAUCGCUGCCUGAGCGAGCUGAUGACUCCCUGCAAGGCGACUGUACACACCUCAUCAUCCUCUGCAGCCGCAGCUCCUCACGUCCCUGGACAGCAGCAAGCGGUGAAUAUGCUGAAGGAACAGAACCGUCUACUCACAAAGGAAGUGUCGGACAAGAGUGACCGGAUCACUCAGCUGGAGCAGGAAAAGUCGGCGUUAAUAAAGCAGCUGUUUGAGGCGCGAGCUCGAAAUAAUCCGGAAACCAGCGCCAUGGACUCCACGUUUAUAUAGACGGACACAAGACUUGUACAUUGGCGUAAAGCUGAGACUGGAAAGCAGAAUACGCCGGUGUCACGGUCUGCUACUACGGUACAUGUGAGACUGAUUUAACGAAAGUGCCGUUUAUGCACCUAAAAAAAAAAAAAAAAAAAACUAUUUUUUUUUAUUUUUUACAUUUCAACACUCAAUGAAACGCCCCUGAUCACUCCUAGCUGCUUAUGAGACUUUUAUCCUUGGAAAAUGUUUACAGCCUGCAGCAUGCUCCACCAUGUUCGGUAACUUUAUAUUUUUUUAAGCCUUAUUGCUUUUUAAGUAAUCGGUAAAAAUUUAUCACAGCAAAACGGGGAAAUCACUCCAAAAAGUUUGCUUGCAGUAUCACAAGUCUUCCUCCUGGUGGCAGCAGAGUCCGCACCAGCACAGUGUACGGGAUUGUCCCGCGGUCGUUGCACGUUUCACUCCAGGUAUCCAUGAUGGGCUCCAUGGGGCGCGAUCUCCUUGACUGUUUUAUAAAUCACAGCUGCAGAUGUUUGGAAGU